CUUGGAGUGUCAUUCAGAACAAGCAUGAAAGAUCCCGAUGUUCAGCGAAUCAAUCUCGGCCUACGUCACCUGGAUUUUACUGUCCUCGCAGUUUCUUGACCAAUAGAAGUUGAGGAUGGAUUUCUGUCGACCAAUCAUCACUUGAGUUCGGGGUAGUGGGCAGGCGCUUGUGUACUCCGGUCGCGGACGUUUGUCGUGAACUUUGCCGGUGUGCAAGUACCCCCUAGACCCCUUAACCGUCCGCUCUGUCAUAGUCUCAGAGGAUGGGCAGUGUACUGGCUGCCACCUCCCCCAGUCCAGCCCCAGCUGCAGCGUCUGGUGGUCAGGGGGUGCCAGGGCUGGUGUCAGUCCCUCCUGGGUUCACCAUGCCCCCCGUGUCCUCCGUUCCCUCCACAGCUGAAUCUGGACAGGAGGCAGGCGAUGCAGAUUCAUCCCUUCCAAACCCUGGCACGUACGAGGAGUGCCACCGCAAAUGUAAAGAGGUUUUCCCCCUGCAGAUGGAAGGGGUGCGCUUAGUGGUGAACAAAGGCCUUAGUAACCACUUUCAGGUUAGCCACACUGUGACCCUCAGCACCCUGGGUGACUCUGGUUACCGAUUUGGCUCGACCUAUGUUGGCAACAAACAGACAGGACCUGCUGAGUUAUUUCCCGUUUUAGUCGGAGACAUGGACAACACUGGCAGCCUGAAUGCUCAGAUCAUCCACCAACUAACCAAAGCUGUACGCACCAAGAUAGCCAUUCAAACUCAGCAACAAAAGUUUGUGAACUGGCAGUGUGACAUGGAAUACCGCGGGAAAGACUUCACCACUGCUGUUACACUCGGAAAUCCAGACGUGCUUGUUGGAUCUGGUAUUGUAGUUGCUCACUAUCUCCAGUCAGUCACGCCGGCUCUGGCUCUGGGUGGAGAGCUGGUGUAUCACAGGAGACCAGGCGAGGAAGGGACUGUAACCUCUCUGCUGGGCAGAUACACAGGUGACAACUUUGUUGCUACUUUAACUGUGGGAGGAGCUGGAGCUCAUGCUACAUACUACCACAAAGCUAAUGAGCAGUUGCAGGUUGGGGUUGAAUUUGAAGCCAGCACACGGAUGGAGGACACUACGACAUCUUUUGGUUAUCAGCUGGAUCUCCCCAAAGCCAACUUGUUGUUUAAAGGCACAGUUGACAGUAAUUGGGUGGUUGGUGCAACCCUUGAGAAGAAACUGGUGCCGCUUCCUCUCACACUGGCCCUCGGUGCUUUCCUCAACCAUCGCAAGAACAAGUUCCAAUGUGGGGUUGGCGUGACCAUUGGCUAGAGGCGCUCCAGCUGCCCUGAUCCGGCUCACAGGCUGCAGCCCGGACCGGCAGACACACAGAAACCUGGACUAAGUUUUAAGAAUUGGAUGCAGAGACUCUCUUACAACUGAGAAUUUGGGGCCGGACAGAGAGACGUUUUCCACGAAGCCAGAACUGGCCAAGCCAUGCCUACAUAUUGUAGCACACGUCUUUCCUGUAUGGUGUUUUGAAGGCUAGAGUCAUAAAUAGCAGAGGGAUUCAAGUCACGCAUGAGAACGUGUUGUAAAGUAGGUGGUGAGACAUAAUAUAUGGUUGUCAUGUAAGGACUAAAAUAAAUGUGACUACAUUUUUUUUUACAACUGGA